GAGUUUGCAUUGUUAGGUCUUCAUACGUGUGGAAGUUUAGCAGAAACCGUGUUGAAAUCAUUUGUGGACUUUGAUGAAUCCAAAAUAUUAAUUUUAGUGGGAUGUUGUUACAUGAAAAAGGAACCUGGCAGUGAAACAGAAAAUUAUCCAUUGAGUUCAUUUGUUAAAUCAUUGCCAAACCAUGAAUUGAGCUAUGAAGCUAAAGAAUUGGCUUGCCACGCAAUCGAAAUGUAUAUUAAGAGAUUGCAAGAUAAUGCCUCAUCGUUAAAGAUACACUGCUAUCGAGCUGCUCUCGAAAAAUGUAUCGUAAGUCAUUACCCGAGCUUAAAGCAUCUGGGUUUAAGGGGAGUGAAGCAUGCUGAAUGUCUUGCAUUUCAUGAGUAUGCGGAGCAAGCACUGUGUAAAGUGGAUGUGAAAAUACCAAAAGAAACUCUGCUUUCCCAAGAAACGGUUUCCUUGCUCUCUCGAUGGAAGGAGGUCCUCACAUUCUACUCCUUAAGGCUAAUCAUUGCACCAGUUAUUGAAACUCUCAUCUUAAUGGACAGGUUGCUGUAUUUAUAUGAAAAAGGUUGUCCUUGUUGUGUUGCCCCAGUAUUUGACCCAACACUCUCACCUCGAAAUUUUGUAUUACUUUCUGUGAAAGUCAAUAAAGAUGGGUCUAAUUAAUUA